AUGGCAGAAAGACUAAUUGAGGAGGAAAUUCAACAACAAGGCAACAACGACAACAACAGACAUGUAUUUGAAAUGGAGGACUUGGAAGUAGAUCAAUCAUCAUCAAGCUGGUGUUGCUGUUUUCAAUUCGGAGGUGGGCGGAGAAGCCAAGAGAGCCGAUCUCUGUUACAAGACGACGGCGAAUAUGUGCAGAGAGAAUCGUGGUUUGUGACCCGUCUGAAGAAAUUGAAGGAAUUCUCAGAGCUGGUUGCAGGGCCUAAAUGGAAGAACUUUAUUCGCAAGUUUGGCAAGAAUUCCAAGCCCAAGAAAUUCACCAGAACUGAAUACAUGUACAGCCCCAACAGCUACGCUCUCAAUUUUGCCGAUACACGUUUCGAAGAGGAAGAAGACGAUUUGUUCGUAAGCUUUUCGACGCGGUUUUCAGCUCCUUUAUCCGCCGAAAAACAGAGGCCACCGCCACCUCCGCCGCCGGCGACCACCAGCUCGUUAUGA